AUGAGUAUCCAGGAAGACUCACAAAUUCAAUUACUCAACGAAUUGGGCGACUCAUUGAAGUCACUCCAACGAGCGGAGAGGUAUGAACAGUACUUGGGGAUACAAGAAGGAGAGAAUGAGAGUCAAAGUGGUUGCCCAAAUAUUUUCGAACUCGACAAUGGCAUCAUAAAGACAAAAAAUGACUCACAGAGUGUUUCACAAAUAGUGCAAUUUAGUGACACAACAAGUCAAACAAAUCAACUGCCAACAAAAGGGGAGAAACCGAUUAAAAAGGCGCAACAACGCCGCAAGAAGGAGAAAAAAGACAAGAAACAAACGAAAAUACAAAGAGACAAAUCGGCUGUUAUUGCACACACUUUUGACAAAAUAGAAACAUCACCAAAAAGUCGAAUGAAGCUGAGAAAAAAAGAAGAACUGAAACAACCGAUGUUUUUAGCAGACGAAAUACAGAGAGAGUAUUUGAAGAAGAGAGUUGGUGCGAAACAAAAAAACGAGUUGGUUUCACAAAAGGUGGUGGUUAAUGUACACCAACCAACUGAAACGAACGAAAAGGUGAAACACAACAAGCUCACAAAAGUCCUAAAAAGAGACGACCAGUCACAAAUUUACGUUUGUCUCACGGGGUUCGACAGAGACGAGGAAAAAGAAUUGAAAGAACAAUUGACUGAAUUACCCCAUGUAUUUCCAGUUGAGUCGGUUGAUAGUAUGACCACACACGUGGUUUCAAAGAGCUCACAAAAAACCAUUAAAGCAAUGAUGGGGAUCUGUCGUGGAUGUUGGAUAUUGAACGAAGAGUGGAUUGAGGAAUCAUUACUACGAAAGUGUCCUGUUGAAGAGCGGUGGUUUUGUUGCACUUUCUCAAACGGAAAACCAGUACCUGAGCGCAAGUUAAGAAUUUUCCAUGGAUUAACGUUUCGUGUUGGGUAUUGUGGCGUCACUGAACGCACUUUAAUCAUUUCUUUAAUUAAAUUGUGUGGUGGCAAAAUCACCAACGACGACGCUGAUUAUGACAUUGGGAUAAUGCAUGGGUGUGUUGCGUUAGAGUGGCUAUAUCAAUCGAUUAUGACCAAGUCGAUGUUGGACCACUCUCGGUUUAUCGUUUCUUAG